CCCGGGUCAGCCGGGGUGCGUCCGGCAGUGGCGGGCACCCGGCCUGGGCUCAGUGUGGACCGGGCCACCAGCGCGAUGGCAACCUCGGCCCUCAGGGUCGCCGCGCGGCGGCUGAGCCAACGCAGCGGGACUCGAGCCCCGGUCCUCCUGCGGCAGAUGUUUGAGCCCAAGAGCUGCACCUACACGUACCUGCUGGGUGACAGGGAGUCCCGCGAAGCCAUUCUGAUCGACCCGGUUCUGGAGACAGCACAUCGGGAUGCCCAGCUGAUUAAAGAACUGGGGCUGCGGCUGCUGUACGCUGUGAAUACUCACUGCCAUGCUGACCACAUCACGGGCUCAGGGGUGCUCCGGUCCCUACUCCCCGGCUGCCAGUCUGUCAUCUCCCGCCUCAGCGGGGCCCAGGCUGAUUUGCACAUUGAGGAAGGUGAUUCCAUCCGCUUUGGUCGCUUUGCCUUGGAGACUCGAGCCAGCCCUGGCCACACCCCAGGCUGUGUCACCUUUGUCCUGAAUGACCAAAGCAUGGCCUUCACUGGAGAUGCCCUGCUGAUCCGAGGUUGUGGGCGGACAGACUUCCAACAAGGUUGUGCUAAGACCUUGUACCACUCAGUCCAUGAAAAGAUCUUCACACUUCCAGGCAACUGUCUGAUCUACCCAGCUCACGAUUACCACGGACUCACAGUGUCCACUGUGGAGGAGGAACGGACUCUGAACCCACGGCUUACUCUCAGCUGUGAAGAGUUUAUCAAGGUCAUGGACAACCUGAACUUGCCUAAACCACAGCAGAUAGAUUUUGCUGUUCCUGCAAACAUGCGCUGUGGGGUCCAGACCCCACCGUCCUGACUGCAGUCAGCUGCUCUUAUCCGUUAAGAAUGUACUAGGUGGGGUGAGGGGAGGGCUGUCACCAUGGAGCCUCUCUCCUCUCCCACCCUUACUUCCCCCAGCCCCUUGAGCUUCUUGAAUAAAACUUUGUUUUGUUUUUGACAUAAA